GUUACUUAACGAAAGCAGGUAUAUUUUACUCUGUUCUCGUACUUAAGUUAUUAAUAUUUUUGCUUGCAUUUAUUUAUUUAAUAGCAUAAUAGUUGGCAAUUAGAGAGAAAUGGCUUGCAGUUUGUUUCACCGUCAGGUCAUAUUAUCAGCUCUGCUUUUCUUGCUUCAAAAAGCGCAAGCCUGUCCAAGUGCGUGUGAAUGUUAUGGUACAACAGUCAACUGUACAGGUCGCAAUCUCGUUUCUAUACCAACCAAUAUACCAUCUAACGCUGUGACUUUACUGUUGGGCCACAAUAAAAUAUCUUCGGUGUCUACAACCGACUUGUCGGAUUUAGAUGAACUACGGAUUCUGGAUUUAAGUCACAACGAGCUUACAGCAUUACAGCACGAGCAAUUCGUUUUCCAAAAUAGCCCAAAACUCGAGGAUCUUCGUCUAGACUUCAACAAAAUUAGUUUUGAACUUGACGGAUUUGCCGAACCAUUCGUUGGUCUUGAAGAUUCCUUAAAACGGCUAUCAAUAUCUCACAAUCUCAUAUCCGGUACAUUAAAACGGUACCAACUGAAAUACCACUAUAAGCUACAGUAUCUGGAUCUAAGCUACAACGUAAUUACUGCAAUACAAACCAAUGCAUUCCCCGCCUCACUUACAAACCUCAAUAUCGCUUACAACAAAAUAAUCCUAUGGUUAAGAUCUCUACGAGGUGCUACAGGUCUUAAAACUUUGGACGUGAGAGGUUUAGCAAUGACAGGAAUGGCUUCGUCGUAUUUUCAGUAUUCACAAUCGUUAGAAAGUCUAAAAAUAUCCGGAAGUCGACUCACGUCUGUUUUUGGUUCCCUACUGUACGGUUUAGAAGCGCUGAAGUAUGUCGAAAUUAGUGAUAGUAAAAUUACAACACUUCCAGCUCGUUUCUUUUCCUAUACUCCACUUCUAACAGUAGCCAACCUAACAAAUAACUCGAUUAGCAGCUUUGAAUCCGACGUUGCAGCAAGUAAACUAGAGAAACUGAUAUUAGAUCAAAACGUAUUAUCAGAUUUCUCGUUUCUUACCAAAUUUUCCACCUCAUGGUCGACAAUGAAGUUGCUAUCUUUAAAAUCGAAUGAUAUUUCAACCUCGCCUGCCUUAGCUGUUAAAGAAUUUCCAAACCUUGAAACGCUUGUCGUCGCGUACAAUCGGAUCUCUGACGUCACACCUAUGAAGUCAUCAAAGUUGGUCACAAUUGACUUGUCCUAUAAUUCGAUCGAUUCGGUCAAACCAGCAGUAUUUGAAAAUUGCUCUGCGCUUACAAAUGUUGAUUUUUCAGGCAAUAGGAUCGCUAGUUUGGCGCAGGAUUUUGAACCAAGUUCUAUUCAAUGGUCAUUGUCUGUUAACCCGUGGGAUUGCGGUUGUAAUUUGGUUACUACAUACCAAGCUUUGCAGAGUUCGUCCGCACGUUUUACAUGCGGGCAGUCAGCUACACCAGCUACAGAAUGCUUUGUGUGUUCAACACCGUCGAAUCUGAAUGGUCAGUCCAUCGCUAAUGUGAUCAACAGUGUUUCUGCAUCGUGUGGUGUAAGUCAGUAAGUGUACCGCCACACGUACCUGUUGUGGGUGUAUCACCUGUAACUGGUAAUAACACCAUUGGUGUCUCCAAUCCCAACAAAAGUACACCAGUUAGCAGCGCUGUUAUUGGAGCAGUUGUAGCUGUGACUAUGGUUUUACUGAUCGCUAUCCUAGUUCUUGUAUACCUCAAGUACCGUGGCAAAUUUCCAAAGAAGCCUAACACUCGUGGUGAAAGUAUAGUUCCAAUAGCAAAUGCUGACGUAGCGACUUACUGCGAACUUAACGAGAAUACAAUCGAGUCCAACAACUACGAACAAAUUUCAUCAGCAGCCUAUGUAUACGGCACUAUCGACGAUAAAGUUCAAUACAGUUAUGCUAAGAAUGACACCAGUGGUAAAUACGCAAUGGCAGAUCCUAUUAAUCCUAUAGUUAAAAGACGAGAUGGGCAACUGACUGCUGAUAAUAAGAUUGCAAACCGUUUAUCAGCAGUUGAAGCCUAUAUUCUACCCGAGAGCACACCAAAGAAAAAUGCAGCAGAACCAUCAGCUCCGCCUAUAGAAAGCAACCCAUAUUUAACCCCAAUACCAAUGCCCAAUGGCAAGUUCAACUUCGGACAAACACCCGCGUCGCCCUACAUGGAAUUAGAUAGCCGUGCCUCUCCCAAUGCAUAUGAACUUGAUUAGUUUAUCAGUGCCUUAAUACUAGAAAAUUGUACAUAAAUUUAUAUAAAGUCGUUUUUUAUUUUAAUAUUUUUUGCACUGAAUACUGUAUUAGUAUGGCGAUAUUUUUGCCCAAAUUUGGUAUGAUACCGCGAGUCAAAUGCCAUUGGGCAUCAGUAUUUCGUCUAUGACGUCAAACUUGUAAUGGCGCCCGAGUCUCAUGUUAAAAACACAUCAUAAUAUAAAGUGCAGUGUAUAAAAAUGGAUCGUGUUUAUACUAAUGUUUUGUUGAAACUGUAUAUUAAAUCUUGACGUCACAUUUUUAUUGUGUUGUUUUAUGAAUAGAAACAUGUAUUUUCGUGUGAAAUUCAAUCUUAAACUUAUUCUACCUAUCUCAAAAGUUGUUUUUAUUUUUUAAUAAAUAAAAUGCAGACAAAA